GUUGCCGUAGUACCGUAAAGUACAAAGAAAAACGCAAGUAAACAUCGCAACCGGCGAAUAUCUUGAACUAAAAUGUGCUCCUGCGGCUCAUUCGACGGCUUAAACUUAGUAACGUUUGGCAUUCAUUCAAUUAUUUGAUGUAUUUAAGCAAUUUUUGGUUACAUUUAUACAAUACGUCUUCGGCUUUAUUUAGCCGGUGGCUAACCAGUAGCUGCUAACUGACAUGCUAUGUCACCUAGCAUUGUUAACAUUAACUUUACUUUUAGCACCGUCGGCUCAGUAAUAUUACAUUUUUGACAAUGGCGUUCCCUUGCUUCGAUGGAGUUUACCUCCUCAAAGAAGAGAAUGAAUUCGUGCAGCAGGUCUUGAAUGAAGUGGAAACAUAUCAGGAGAGCAGCCCCGACAGUGUCCUCCUGUUCCCACCGCUACCCAGCAGACUACGGUACCUAAUCCACAGGACCAUGGAGGACCUGCCGGAGCUCACCACCUUCUCUGUGGGAGAGAACUGUUGGCGUCGGGUGGUGGUUUGUCCCUGGCAGCUCAGAGGCGCACAGGACGUAGACAACGAUGUGGAGAGCAACUCCAGCCUGGAUGAAGAGCCUGUCAGAACUCAGCAUAGAUCUUCCCCCUCCACACCAAGCAAAGCCCCCAGGAGGCCCGACAAGGAGCUCUACAUCCCAAAAGCUGCUCGUAGUAGAUCACACCGCCUAAGUCCACAGCAGGAGUUCCAACAUCCAUCAGAGACGUGUUCUCCUUCUGCUGAGACCACAGACAAGUCGCCAUCGCUCGUCUUAAAAGAGGAAUCCCUCCCCCAUGCGAAGGAUGGCGCCCUUGGAGGUGAUCCGCCAGGAGGAGGGGAAGCAAACGUGACUUUGAGUGAUGAGGAAGGCGAGAUUCUCCACUGGGGGAACACACUGAGGGACAUCAGCCUGGAGGACAAUGGAGCCACAUGUGACCUGACUGAGGAGAUCAAAGAACACCUGAAAGACGGAGCGACCUUCUCAGUGACGCACGUGCACACGGACUACUCCGCCUACGAGAAGGCGCUCCUCAACCCUGAGCACUUUGACCACGUCAUCGAGAUCUACGACUUCCCGUCCGUCUUCAAGACAGAAGACCUCAGGGAUGCUCUUUUUGAGUACAGUGAUGGAGGACUGAAGAUCACCUGGGUGGACGACACCCAUGCUCUGGGGGUUUUCUCCACUGAGGAGGCAGCACUGAAGGCACUGUCCAUGGACCACCCUCUGCUGAAGGUGCGGCGCCUGGCAGAAGGCAGCAAGAAGGCACAAGACAAGGCCAUCAGAAGAGCAGAGUUCAUCCAACCGGUGAAGGAGCGCCCCAGGACCGACAGUGCUGUGGCCAGGCGGAUGGUGGCCCGAGCCUUGGGCCUGAAGGGACGAGGACGAGGACAGAGCUACUGACAGCAACAAUACAGGUGAUGAACAGUGAAAGGACUUCCA